ACCACGGGCGGCUCUGUAGCUAGCUACUAUAACGCGAAACAAUUAUUAAAACGUCCUAAAUGAAAAUGCGUAUUAAAAAAUUACAGAUCGUCGUUUUUGUAGUUUCUUUCUUAACAAGCGUGCGUGUCAAGCCGGCAGCAGAAGUUAAACAGUAACAGGUUUUAAAAUUUUAGCUGGGUAGUCGGAGUUAAGACGUUGCCAAGGCAACGUUAGCCAACAGCUAGCUGUCUCAGGAUUUAUUUUCUGAGAGACUUUUCUUUACACCUGUUUGUUGUUGCAUAUGUAAUACAAGCCGAAUUUAAGUUAACGGUUUAAACUUUUACUGGGCUUAAAAUAAUAGUUUAAUAACUAUAUCUUAUUGAGCAAACGUGCGCAGCAUCGUGAACAGCUUAAUUUUUGAGUGAAGUUCGAGGUUGGCGUUCCUCUCUCUGGUUUUCUGCUCCAAGGAGCUAAUUUGUACAUCAUUGGGGGUUUACUUCAAACCACUCUUUGAAUUAAAAAAAAACAUCAGUGAGAGUUGUGACCAGAUUAAAUCCAGAUUAACUGAAGCUGUUUUAAACGCUCAUGAAAACAUGGAGCAGUACAACAUUCUGGGUCGGACAGGAGAAGGUGCUCAUGGCAUAGUCUUCAAGGCCAAACAUAUUGAGACAGGGGAGACGGUGGCUCUGAAGAAAGUGGCUCUGAGGAGGCUGGAAGACGGCAUUCCGAACCAGGCUCUGAGGGAGAUUAAAGCACUGCAGGAGAUCAAGGACAACGAGCAUGUGGUGAAGCUGAAGGAUGUCUUUCCUCACGGCACGGGCUUCGUCCUGGUGUUCGACUUCAUGCUGUCUGACCUCUCUGAGGUCAUCAGGAAUUCCCAGCGCCCUCUGACCCCUGCGCAGGUCAAAAGUUACAUGAUGAUGCUGCUGAAGGGCGUGGCCUUCCUGCAUCACAACAAUGUCAUGCACCGGGAUCUGAAACCAGCAAACCUGCUCAUCAGCUCCUCAGGCCACCUGAAGAUUGCAGACUUUGGUCUGGCCCGGCUGUUCAGCGAGCAGGGAGAGAGGCUGUACAGCCACCAGGUGGCCACCAGAUGGUACAGAGCCCCUGAGCUGCUGUACGGAGCCCGAAAGUACGACGAGGGAGUCGACCUGUGGGCAGUCGGCUGUAUUUUUGGGGAGCUGUUGAACUCGUCUCCUCUGUUUCCUGGAGAGAACGACAUCGAGCAGCUCUGCUGUGUCCUCAGAGUGCUGGGAACCCCGACGCAGGACAGCUGGCCUGAGAUAGUGGAGUUGCCAGAUUACAAUAAAAUCACCUUUAAGGAGAAUCCAGCGAUCCCAUUGGAGGAAAUCAUCCCUGACACGCCCCCUCAGGCAGUGGACCUGCUCUAUAAGUUCCUGGUGUAUCCAUCUAAACAGCGCUGCUCAGCCAGACAGGCUCUCCUCCAUCCAUAUUUCUUCACUUCGCCAAUUCCUGCUCACCACUCAGAGCUGCCCAUCCCUGAAAGGGGAGGGCGACCCCCCCGCCAACGUUUCCAGGCUCCGCCCACUGACUUCUCAGUGGACUUACCCUUGCAGAACAGUAUGGUAGACCCUGCCCUAAUACAGGGAUACGCUUCCUGCCUCUGAACUGACCGCUGAUCUUUACCAUCUCUCAGCUGCUCUUAUACCAGUUAAUCUUGUUUUAUGUAUUUAUUUAUUAUCUGGUUUACUAAAUCCUCUCCUUCAGACUGAAUCCUCAUUGUUUUAAGAACUUUAGCUCACACAGAAGAUUUCUGACGGUCUUUGCUGAGCCUGAACCUCUUCUGUAACCACCUGUAACCGUGAGAAAAUGACCUAAUACAGUUAAAUUUCCACACACUGAAUUUAUCGACUAAAAGGAAUUAAUGUUUAGCUCCACCGGGUCUCCAUUUGGUAAAAGGAUGGAAUAAUUUAAAAAAACAAUACAGAAUCAAGCAGAUUUUCAUUCUAAAAAUA